GGACAACUGCAGAACUGUACCUCGUUGAGCUCUGUUGACCUAUUCAGAGAAGACUGUUUGAUACUUUCCACAGAAUUACCUAUCCCGCUUCUUCCCCGCUUCACUGAAAUUAUUCUCCUCCAGCAUUCAUGGCACACUCCUCAGCCAAUGGCUUUGCUAUCGUCGCUGGCGCUGCCGGUGGCAUUGGGAAAGAGACUGCGUUCGCGUUCGCCGAGGCAGGAGCCAGAGGCGUUUUAUGUGCAGACAUCAAAGGCGAUGAAUCCACAAAAGUUGCUGAAGAGUGCAAAGGCCUUGCCGCUUCCUCUGAAUUCAAAGCCGUAAGAUUUGCGGUAGACAUUACCGACGCUCAGUCCGUACAAUCCUUAGUCGAGUUCGUCGUGAAGGAAUUCGGACGGAUUGACUAUCUUGUCAAUGCUGCUGGCAUUGACGUGGAUGCCGUUGUACCCUUCCACAUGACUUCCGACGAGGACUUCAGCCGCGUCUUCAACGUCAACGCUCGAGCAGCUUUUCUCCUCUCUAAAGCGGUCGCGCCGUUGAUGGCCGCACAAGAGCCUCACACCGUGACCACGAAGCGCUUCGGCACUCGAACGCUUAGCCGCGGCUCCAUUGUCCACGUCGCAUCUGCCAUGGCAUAUGGCGCCGUGCCUUGCAAGACACCGUACACCACUGCAAAGCAUGCCUUGCUCGGCAUCACAAGGGCUUCAGCCAUGGAUCUGAGCCAAGCGGGAGUUCGAGUCAAUAUGGUUAGUCCAACUUGGGUUGAAACGUCAAUGCUGGAGGGAGAUCGCAAACAUAUCCCGGGUUUGGACGAUCUUAUCAAGAAGGCGGUUCCAAAUGGGAGGCCGCUUGGUCCGGAUGAAGUGGCUGCGGCUGUUCUGUAUCUUUGUGCGAAUGAGGCGACGUACAUUAUGGGCUCUAAUAUCAUGAUUGAUGGAGGUCUGAGCAUUGGGCCGACUUUUGGAUAGGGUGACGAAUGGGCAGAUAAGGUAUGGGUGCGAUAUAGGGGUACCUGUGUAGCUAGUCUAGGCUCGCGAGAGCUUCCCUUGAUCAAAUAACUACUUUCAGGGUAGGUGGCAAGUAUUGAGAACCGAGUUGAUUGAUUGAGAAUACGAGAAAUAUGG